GGGAACCUGCAGCCGAUUGGACGCAGGAUGCAGGUGAGUGAGAUUCAUGUUCUGUCAGGAUCCUGCUGUGGGAACCUGAAAGAACGACCUCAAAGCUGGAGGAAGAUUGUUGAGGAGAACAGAGUCUACCUGGCUGUGUGCUUAGGUACAGGGGAUGUUGGUAAAGAACUUCCAUGUUCUUCUCCUUCAGUCUCUGAUGUUGGUUCAAAGUCACAGCUGAAUAUGAGUGUGUCAGAAGAGACGAAGGAGGAGGAGGAGCAGGAGGAGCAGGAGGGGUCUUCGUCAGCAGGAUGUCAGUCUCUGAUCAGUGGAACAUCAGAGGAACCUCGCUGCUUCGGUUCUGAUCCUUCAGACACAAAGCGUCAGCGGUCCCAAGAGGAACCAGGAUGUGUGUCCACCAAAAGCAACUGGUCCAAAACCAUCUUUGAAAAUUUUGCUUCAGGUUCAAAAGAGAUGACGAGAGGCGAUGUUUCUGGAGAAGAUCGACUCUCCUCACAACACAGUGACCUGGAACAUCCCGCCAGUGUCCACGGCGUCUCCGCCUCCAUCCUGCCGUCCUGCUCCGACAGCUCCAGACCGCAGGAAGACGUUCCCGCCACAACUGUGGAGAAUGUUGUGAAGGAGAGCUUUGAUGAACAUCAGACCAACCUGAGAAGAAGAUGCCAAAGUGUCACUGAAGGAACUGAGAAAGCAGGAAAUGAAACGCUCUUUCAUGAGAUCUACACGGAGCUGUACAUCACAGAAGGACUCCCCACCCCCCACCAAACUCCAAUCAACUGCCACCAGAUGUUUACGCCUCUGAGUGACCGUCACGGGUCCAUCCGAGUGGUUCUGACCACUGGUGUGGCUGGAAUUGGGAAAACCUUCUUGGUGCAGAGGUUCACCCUGGACUGGGCCGGAGACGUAGAGAACUCAGACGUCAGGGCGGUGGUUCCUCUGUCUUUCAGAGAGCUGAACAUGAUCUGUGAUGAGCAGCACAGUCUUCUCACGCUGAUCCAGUGGUUCCAUCCAACAUUCCUGAAGAUCCCAGCGGAGCAGCUGGGAGUCUCCAAACUUCUGUUCAUCUUUGAUGGCCUGGAUGAGAGCAAACUUCCUCUGGACUUUAAGAGCAGUCCUGUGGUGUCUGAUGUCACGCAGAAGACCUCAGUCAAUAUUCUUCUGACGAACCUCAUCCAGGGACAUCUGCUCCCCUCAUCGCUGGUGUGGAUCACUUCUCGGACCGCGGCAGCCAAUCAGAUCCCACCUACCUGUUUGGACAGAGUGACGGAAGUGCGAGGUUUCCGCAAAGCACAGAUGGAGGAAUAUUUCAGAAAGAGAUUCAAAGAUGAAGAUCUGUCCAGCAGAAUCAUCGGCCUCAUAAAGAAGUCCAAGACCCUUCAGGUCAUGUGUGAGGUCCCAAUCUUCUGCUGGAUCACUGCUGUGGUUCUGGAGAACAUGCCGACCAUUGAGAAGAAGGCAGAGCUGCCUCAAACUCUGACCGACAUUUACUCGCACUUCCUGAUGGUCGUGUCAAAGAGGCGGAAUGAGAAGUUCCAGCUGACGGAGAAGGACAAGGACGUUCUCCUGAAGUUGGGGAGGCUGGCGUUUGAACACCUGAAGAAACAGAACAUCCUGUUCUGUCUGGAGGACCUGCAGCAGUGCGGUUUGGACGUCACAGAGGCCUCGGUCUACUCUGGAGUUUGCACUGAGAUCUUCAGAAGAGAGUGUGAGAUCUUCCAGAAACCGGUCUUCAGCUUUGUUCAUCUGAGCGUCCAGGAGUUCCUGGCUGCAGUCUACGUGUUCCACUGUUACUGCAACAGGAACAUGGAGGUUCUGGAGGACUUUAUUGGGUCCUUCCAAGAAGGCUCAGCUCAGCCAUCCAUCAUAAAAAAAAUAUUUAAGCCUUCCAAACCAGAAGAUCCACAUGUUCCUCCUCUGAACGUGUUUCUGAGCAGAGUCAUGGAGAAAGCCAUGCAGAGUCCAAGCGGCCACCUGGACCUGUUUGCUCGGUUUCUUCAUGGCCUCUUGUUGGAGUCCAACCAGAGACGUCUGGGCCUGCUGGGUCAUCAGAAGCAAAACCCCCACACCCUCCAGAAGGUCAUCAGCUCUCUGAAGGAGAUGAAGAGUCCGAACAUGUCUCCAGACAGAAGCAUCAACAUCUUCCACUGUCUGAUGGAGAUGAAGGAUCUCUCCAUUCAGCAGGAGAUCCAAGACUUCCUGACAUCCGGAAUCGUCUCAAAGAGGAACCUCUUGGAGAUCCACUGCUCAGCUCUGGCCCACAUGCUGCAGAUGUCAGAGGAGGUCGUGGAUGAGCUGGAUCUGAGGAUGUACAACGCGUCAAAUGAAGGUCGACUGAGACUGGUCCCAGCUGUGAGGAACUGCAGAGCAGCUCGACUUUCUGGAUGUGGACUUUCUGAGCCUCACUGUGAAGUUGUGGCAGCAGCUCUGAAGUCCAACCCGUCCCAUCUGGCAGAACUGGACCUGAGCAACAAUGUUCUGGAGGAUCCAGCAGUCCAGCAUCUGUCAGCUGGACUGGAGAGUCCGAACUGUAACGUGGCAGCUCUGAGGCUGAAGGACUGCAGACUGUCAGCAGCCGGCUGCUCGGUUCUGCUCUCAGCUCUGAAGUCCAACCCGUCCCACCUGACAGAACUGGACCUGAGCAACAACAACCUGCAGGAGCCAGCAGUAAAGCAGAUAUCUGAUCUUCUGGGAAGUCCAAACUGCAGACUGAAGAUGCUCAGGCUGAGAGGCUGCAGGCUCUCAGAAGUUGGUGGUUCCUCUUUGCUCUCAGCUCUGAAGUCCAACCCGUCCCAUCUGACAGAACUGGACCUGAAAGACAGCAAGCUGCAGGAUUUAGGGACAAAUCAUCUGAGUGGUUUCCUGAAGAGCCCAGAAUGCACACUCAAGGCUUUGAGGCUGGAAAACUGCAAACUGUCCAGCAUCAGCUGUUCUGCUCUGGGCUCGGCUCUGACCUCCAACCCUUCACAUGUGACAGAACUGGACCUGAGUUACAAUGAGCUUCAGGAUUCAGGUCUGGAGCAGCUGUGUGGGUUUUUGGAGAGCCCUCAAAGCAGACUGAAGAACCUGAGGCUGAAGGACUGCAGCCUGUCGGACGCCGGCUGUGCCGCUCUGGCUUCAGCCCUCACGUCGAACCCGUCUCAUCUGACUCAUCUGGACCUGAGCUGGAACAACGAGCUGCAGGAUUCAGGAGUGAAGCAUCUCUGCAGGUUUCUGGAGGCUCCGGACCUCAAACUGAAGACUCUUCGACUGGAGCACUGCAGUUUGUCCCCUGUCAGCUGUGCUGCUCUGAGCUCAGCUCUGAAGUCCAGACCUUCUUCUCUGGCAGAACUGGACCUGAGCUUCAAUGAGCUGCAGGAUUUGGGCGUGAAGGACCUGUGUGGAGUCCUGGAGAGUCCAUACUGCAGCCUGAGGACUCUGAGGUUACAGCUCUGCAGACUCUCAGAGAUCAGCUGUGCUGCUCUGGCUGCAGCGCUGAAGCCCCGCCCCUCCUGCCUGACUCACCUGGACCUGAGCAACAAUGACCUCCACGAUGCAGGCGUGAAGCAGCUGUGCAGCGUGCUGGAGGCUCCCCUCUGCAGCCUGGACACUCUCAAGUUGAAGAGCUGCCGGCUCUCCAAGACCUGCUGCUCGGCUCUGCUCGCCGCUCUGAAGUCCAACCCGACGUCCUGCCUGAGAGAAUUGGAGCUGCAGGACAACAACCUGCAGGACUCGGCGCUGAAGCAGCUGUCAGACCUGGUGGAGAGUCCAAACCACAAGCUGGAGGCUCUGAGAUGGCAGGAAUGAUGUUCUGAGAUGUUCUGGUCCAGACGGGCUGGAGCUCCUUCUACAAAGAAGUUCUUCAGUUUCUUUACUUGUCCUGUCCAUCAGAUCAGAGCUGAGGCCCUCUAGUGGUGGACAGGUGUUACUGUUACAACAGGGAGUUCUGAGUCUUCAGACACAAGGGGAGUUUAUUUGAAUAAACCUCUUUUGUAUUUGAGGAAAAACCUUUUUAAUGUUAUAUUUGUGAAUAAUUCUUUUCAGACCACCAGCAGAGAGAGAGAGAGUGGUAUCAGAGGUAUGGGGGGCAGAGGGGUACAAGGAAGGAGGGGUAAAACUCGAUUGGAUUUUUUUGGUCUGUUUUUAAUUGUAAAUCGCUUUGGGCUGUGUUGAAUAAAAAUAACCUUUUAUAAAUAAACUUUAAUUGAUUGAUUCUUCUGCAGACAAUAAUGUUAUGGAAUGCACAGAAUAUAAGAAUACCAUUAUUUUUAUUUGAUUUAAUUUUUUUUCUAAUUUUAUUGUUUUAUUUUUCAUACAUUUCUUGUAAGUAUGAUGAUUAAGAAUUUAAAAUAUUAUCAAGAGGUAAUUUAUUUAACUAUUUUAAGCCCCCCCCCACCAAAAAAUAAUCAAUGAGCAAAAAACACAAAAAAAAAUGAACCUCAAUUCUUCACAAAGCAGUAGAAACACCAACACACAGAAACAACGAUUAAAGAUCAAUAAAAUUAAUCUAAAAUAUUAUUUAUACGCAUAGAAUUCAUCACACAAAAUAAAACAUAAAUAAAUCUAUGUAAAAAUACAAUAUUUUAGUAUUUUUUGACUGAAAAGUAUGUCUGUUCUGCUUAAAUAAAGCAGUAGAAGAAUCAAUAGUUUUUUCUCACUAAAAUGAUAGUUUGACUGAAUAUUUAAGCUCUUUUUCUUCGGGGCUAAAGGUAAUGUGUACUUUAAGACAUGUCUGUCACUUUUCUUGGGUGUAAAUACUGUCUAACUGAGUGGAUGAAGAGUUCCGGAUAAUUCCAGAAUCAGAAACGGUGUAAAGAAGGAAGUCAGUCCCAACAAAACAACA